UUUCCGUUGAUACUCCCCACUCUCCUCCCAGUCAUUCCACUCACUUUUCACCUUCAUAGUCCCUUCAGCAUUUGCAAUUGGCUCGUCCCACCUUGCCUUCCUUCUACUUCUUCUACUUCUUCCACUCCUCCUCCCUCGCCUUCACACUUGCAGCUCCACCCUCCAGGCAUCUUUCCCCAAUCUUCGCAACUCUUUCUUCUCACCAUAUAAUAUAUCUACUUUAAUCCUUCUACAGCUACCCUUCUUUUCUCUGUCAUCAACCUUCCACCAUGGCCACCCAUUCUCCCGCCGCGUAUCUAGCAAAUGAGAAGCCGUUGGACGGGUACGUCAAGACCGAGGAUAUGGAUUCCCAACCUGUCGGCGGGGACCCCACCGGCGGCUACAUGGACGACGAUGAUGAAGGCGACGAACUCAACAUGACGAACGUCCACGAGGAUGCCCUGCUAAUGCGCGUCGACCACGAUCUCUGGGUCGCCAUCCAAGACAUGACCGAAGACGAGCCGAUCCAGAUGGGCUAUGUCCGAGAAUGGGAGAACGGCAAGACCAAGAUGUUCCUUAAGGAGAUGCCCCCGAACCAUUACCUCGUGCCCCGCGAAUACGACCUCAACGUCACCGACGCCAACGUCAAGAAUCUCUUCGUCUUCGCCGAGAAGGAGAUGCCCGCUUUUAAACCUAACAUGCUCGGACGAUUCAAGGACCAGAAGAAGUCCAUCGGCAGCCAAGAAGACAGCGAGAAGGGCGCUCAACGAAUGCGCCGAGGAAAGCGCAUCAUCCCCAAACGCACCACCCUCUACGCCGGCAUCCGCAAAGAACUCUCCGUCCUCCCCGUCCAAAACGACACCUUCCAUGCCCUCGAAAAAGCCAAAUUCUCCGAACUCCUCAAGAAAGAAUUCCGCUUCACCACCAAGACCUCCACCAACGAUACCAAGAUGCUCGGUCUCGACAACAUGGAAAACCUCCUCAAAUACGGCGCCCGCCCUGCCAAGACCCAGGACAACAAGGCCAUCCGCAUGGACCGCAGCCUGCUGCUCGAACGCCUGGGCUACUUGUUCGGGCAGUAUCGAUACUGGACGCUGCGCACGCUGAAGAACGAGCUGCAGCAGCCCGAGGCGUAUUUGAAGGAGGUGCUGCAGGGGAUCGCGGUGUUGGUGAAGAGUGGGCCGUUCGCGAACCAUUGGACGUUGCGGCCGGAGAUGGUGGAGACGAUUAAGUGGGCGGAGAGGGGGGCCGCGGCGGAGGGGGCCGCGCCAGGGGUGGGGACGGAGAGUAGCGCCGGGGAGGAGGAGGAUGAGGAGGCGGAGAUGGAGGAUGUGCUUUAGGGGGAAGAAUGGACAGUGGGGUGUUCGGUGUUGGUGUUUGGCGUUCGGUGUUCCGAGAUAAUUGAGACUUGGGACGAGAAGUAUGCUUGCGCUCAUGAGAGCCGGUUCGGCAGUGCGACGAGGACUCGGAGGUAUUGGCGGCGCUACUUCGUAGUACAGUAAUGAGGCGAUGUGAUACCCAACCGACCACCGGUAUAGACUACAGUAGCUAAGAUAGGAGAACAAUGGAAACCUCAAUAAUCAUCGU